AACUUAAUUCGUCUUCAAUAAACAAAUCCACGCGAUAAAUGAUUCAGAGAAUUUGCAAAUCGAAACGUUUCAGCUGCUAAGGAGCAGAAAAACCCAGCGGAGACUUACUUCUGAGAGGAAGGAAACACAAGCAGGCAGAGAUCUGGAAUCUUUUUUAAAAAAAUCAAGGAAACGAAGGAAGGGAAUCUGGAAUAACAUCUCAAAUCUGAUCCCCCCCUGAAAUCUGAAUCCCUCUUCGGGAUUGUUGGUAAGGAGGGGAGAAGAAACUCCGCUCCUUGCGGGCCCUGGAGACACGGGGAUGUGAGGAAGAGGCUGAGGAAGAUGCCAAGCGGUUUGGGCGGGAGGGGGGCCGAGGAGGGAAGGAGCCCAGCAAGGGAGAAGGAGCUGCUGCUGCUGCUGCUGCUUGGAGGAGCCGCUCCUCGCAGUUGAGAGGAAGAGCCAGAGAGCGAGCAGCCGGGCUCUCUCUCUCUCUCUCCCCCCCCCCCCCUUCUCUCUCUCUCGCCCAAAGGAGGAGAGACUUUGCUGCAGCCGGGAGGCUGGGCUCAAAGCGCAUCUUCUUCUUUCUCCCGUGCUUUCUCCCUCCCUCUCUUUGCAUCUCUGCCUGGCUCCGGCGCAUCUCCCUUCUCCAGCCCAGACCUCGCCUCUGCCCGUCUCUCCGGCUGGGCUUCCUCCCACCUGAAGCGCGAAGAGAGGCGACCCCGGGAUCAUGCCUGCGCCCCGACGCCCCCUCCAACCCGCCUGGAUGCAGCUCGGUGGGUGAAGCAGCUGCCUCUUCCUCCUCCUCCUCCUCCUCCUCCUCCUCCUCCCAGGUUCAGGCCAUUCAUCAAUUGCAACAGAACCUCGACUGAAUUUUCGGAAGAAUGGAAAGCGUGAGUGAACUUCAGAAUCCCCUGUUGUCCAAGAAUAAUGGACAUCUCCAUAACAGUUACACAUUUCGUCAGGAUUAUCCUGGCCAUCGUUGCCAGGGCAAACUGUAUUCCUACAUUUUCCAAAAUUCUGGCAAUGCGAGGACUCACCAGCUGCUGGAUGCCAGCUCUCUUCAGCUGGCUGUGGAAGCACUGUAUGGCCCAAAUUUCAUCCUGGUGAAGGAUGAAGCAAGUGUUAAAGUCAAGGACAACAAAGGUGAGAGCUGUGAGACAACCUUCACAGAAAAUAAGGAACCACUUGCUGAGGCUGCUGAUGGACAGGAAACAAAAGGAUGCUCCCUAAUGGAAAACGAUAUCAAAAUCCAGACAGUAUCCUAUGAAGUGGAAGAAGAGGAAUUACAAGAAUAUGAGAGUGACUCUUCAAGUGACAGCGAGAGUGAAGAUAAUUUCUUGAUGCUUCCCCCACGAGACCACCUGGGCUUAGCUAUUUUCUCAAUGCUGUGCUGUUUCUGGCCUCUAGGAAUUGCUGCCUUCUACUUUUCUCAAGGGACAAGUAAGGCCAUCUCGAAGGGGGAUUUCCACCUGGCAAGCUCAGCAUCCCGGAGAGCUCUGUUUCUUGCUGCACUCGCCAUUACGAUCGGCACAGGGGUGUAUGUCGGAGUGAUUGUAGCACUGAUUGCUUACCUAUCGAAAGGUGGCCAUGUAUAAUACAGACUUUUGCAUGAUGCGCAUGAUGGAUAAUUCUCCCGAAUUACGUACUUUCCUGUGAAACAGAGGACACAGAGUAGACAAGGAUUGUGACGGAACCUUUUCUAUAGAGAUCUGUGCUGAAAUAAACCAUCUAUGUGGACUCAUUAUUUUUGCAGAUGAACAAUAGAGUGUGACCUACUUGGACUGACAAGAUUUUAAAAAUCAUACAGACGUAAAGACUCUACAUAGAGAAGAUAGCACAGUCUGAAAAGCCUGGAUUUUGAGACUGCCAGGAAGAAAAGGGAGGGAGGGGAGGGAUUUCAAAAUGUUGUCUGCAGGGUGUUUUGAAACUGAUGUUCUUGUGUGCUAGACUUGCUGUUUGUGAAGUUCAGUCACUCGUUGGAUCCAAGCUUCAGUCUUACUCAGGGCACAUGGUGAAAAGUUGUGAAAUAUUCAAUUCUUGUAAAGUCUUUCCUUUGGAAGAUAGGACUGAGGGCUAUGCAGGGAUGGCGGAACAGUUUUUGUCAGGAUAUUCACAUUUGAUACCGACGAUGCUACCUGCAAUAUCAAAUACUAUUAAUUCACCCUUGGGUAACUACCUAUCAUGAAGCCAGCUUUGAUCAACGUUCUCUUUCAGAGGCUUCGGGGCCUUUGCUCACAUAAUCUGCCUCUCAAGCUACUGCUCAUGCUUUCGGCUUUCCCCACAGUCUCAUCGCAUAAUGAUCAGACCUUUGAGAGUGACAUACAGCCAUAAUUUCAGUCUCAAGAUACACAACUGUUUAGCCAGUGAAGACUAGUUUGAGUGUUGUUGUUGUUGUUGUUGUUGUUGUUAGCGAGCACAUUGAUGGGGUCAUUGAAAAUCCUCAAAACCUACUAGUUUUAAAAUUAAGCCGGUGGGUGUACAAAACCAUUAUGAUGUGGAAAAGUCACAAUAAAAGGUGCUAUGGUAUGACCGCUUUUUACAACAUCCAAAAACAGAUUCCAAAAUGUUGAAAUUAAUGACCACAACUUGGAAGAAAAAACAUCAGUAAGACAUGUUCUGAUUAUUAGAUUUUCAGUUUUUAAAACAAAUAUCUUAUAUAAACUAUUAAAAAUUUUCCCAUGAAAUGAUUUUAAUUAAAUUAAUGUGGCAACUCUAAAUCCUCUCACGUACAAAUAAGCCACAUGGAAAUCUUAGAACUCAGCUAUGCUGGUUUUGCAAAAUUCCCAUUUAUUAUUUUAAUGUGCUUUUAAUAUGAACACAAAUCUGAUCACAUACAUGAGAUUGCCUUGUAGUUCAUAUCUGGUCAAACCUUUAUUAUGUCUUCUCUGUGAAAUCCUUCAGGAUUUUGUUCCAUCUACCCUCUUGCCUAAGCUAUGCAUGCAUUUGUUUGGUGAAAUAUUAAUUUAUAAUAUGGAUGUAUGGUGUAAUUGGUAUUUCCAUUACACUUCCCUAAAUACUCUUUCUUCUAUGCCUGAGUUAAAUCUUAGUUUGGUCUUACCUAUGAACCAAAUAGGAGGAUCCCAUGAAAUGUUUAUUGACAGAAGUGUUCCAGUAUAUGAAUAAUAUAUGUGUUGGCACAUAAUUCAUGGUGCUGGCAUUAAUCUACAAGGCCUCUUCCUAUAUACACCCAUGAGAGCUCUAUAACCAUGCAAUAAUCUUUGGCUGAAUGUGUCAUUGCUGCAUUAUGCAUAUAGCAAACUAAUUGGUUUUUUCUGGUUUAGUAUUCGGGUGUGAAAUUUCUUCUCAUUAGACGGCUGAUGGGGUGUUCUGGUUUGAGUGUUGGACUCAGGCAUUAGGACAGUGGUUCUCAACCUGUGGGUCCCCAGUUGUUUUGGCUUACAACUCCCAGAAAUCCCAGCCAGUUUACCAGCUGUUAGGAUUUCUAAGAGUUGGAAGCCAAAACAUCUGGGGACCCACAGGUCGAGAACUACUGCUUUAGGAGAACUGGAUUUGAAUCCCUAUCCAGAAAACCCAAUAGAUAUCUUUGAGCAAGUCACAUUCCCUUAGAAGAAAGCAAUGGGAAACCUCAAUAAUUAUUGCAUAGAAAACCCUGUGAGAGGUUUGGCAUGAGUCAGAGUCAAGGUGGAAGCAUAUAACAACAAAGAAAGACCUACCAAUCCCCGAGUUCUUCCACACUGGCCAAUAUGCGGAAUGAACAGGAAUUGAAAUCGCUGGUUCAUGUCUCAUUUUGAGGCCACAUACGGGAGCAAACCCCACCUUGAGUGGGGGGCAACCAUACAUCUUCACCCCUGCCAAUGUGGGGAGCAUGGGAUGGCUGUGGGGAUGUCUCCUGGGAUAAUAGGUGGCGAUACCAGGAAGUGGUUCCCACUGCCCCCAUACCUGCAAAGAUCCAGAAGAUCAAGGAAGAUCAGGGUCUUUGCAAGUUUUUUUUAACUCGGGUUUAAACCGGAUUAGAUGGUUUACUCCAGAUUACCCCGCAUUAGCUUGGGUGCAUCAUUGGCCACCCCAAGCUAAUGUGCCAUCUGCACUGGAUUAUCUACCAGUUUAGAUGAGUCCUGAAUCUCCAGGCCUCUUGAAAGUAUUGUCUUUUUUAAUUCACAAAGGCAUUUGAUGGUAAGGCAUGUGUACAGGCACAAGUUUCACUUUUUGUUAUUGUGUACCUACCUUUUUGUUAUUGGUGUUUCAAAUAUUAAAUGUUUCAAUGUGGUUGGAAACUGCCCUGGACCUCUUGGGGAAUGGGUAGUGUAGAAAUCGCAAUACAUAAAUAAACAUGUUCAGAUCCUUCAGUGCAAAAGUUAGUCAGAAAUAGAUUAGAUUCCAAACAGAGAAAAAAAUGUGAAGAGAAAAAAGGAUAGAGAAGUGAGGUGAUUGGCUCCUUUUUGGUGAAAUAAUCGGUGAUAUGCUAAACUGUAUACCUCCCAAAUCCUAUUCCCCAAACUGUAUUUUUAUAGACAAAACAGAGCUAGUAUGAAGCAAACUUCCGAAACAUUUCCACUGUAGUAUCAUGACUUUGCAUAGCAUUAAACCAAGAAAUCCUCUUUACCGGAGGCAAGGAAUUAAUAUUGGCUCUGUUUAUAGCCUGCGGGAAAGAAUACCUGCUUCUUAAUCAUCAGACACCAGAAAAGAUGUAUUGAAGGAUUUUUAGUUAAGGCUGACAAAUAAUCAAACAUACAAAUCCCAACUACAUCACGUGUAUUUCUUCCAGCUUCAAUUCUGAACAGAGCCUAUAGUGUGCUGUGUCCCUGAAAGAACAUUAUAUUUAUGGCUUUGUAUUUAUUUACACUCUAAUAGGACGGCCAUCAGGAACACAAAGGAUUAUCUCCUGAAAGAAAUGCAAAAAGAGAGAGACCAGUGUGUGCUUCAAGUGUGUCUCCGAGGCAGUACAAAAAAGCACAGGCGCCCUAAACUAGCAGUGUUGCCAUAGAGAUUUACCUUUGAAUGGCUACCCAACCUCUCUUUCCACUGUAUGAAGCUGGAAGCGUGGGUGUCAGCAAAAGAAAAAGCAGAGGAUACUUCAAGGAUAAAGCGACUUUGGGAACUGAGGCUUUGGGAUGGAAGAAACGGGCACUCAGAGGUAGGAGGGAGAAACAGAAAGGGGGAUAAAGAUAUGCUUCAGUUCACAAAAUAGAUCUGUUUCUUUUGGUACCAGAGGCAGAAAUAACGUGGAAAGAAUGGGGAUACACACGAGCAAUUCAACAUAUUUCAUCAAACUUUUUAUUCACAGCUAACCAUAUGUACAUGAGAAGUGAAACAAGAUCAGGUGAGCCUUCCAUAAGUAAGCAAAAAUAUUUGAGGCUUCUGGAGACCACUGAACGGUUCUUCUGAAAUAAAGGGAUGACCUUUUUUUUCACCAGCUUCUUCUUUUCUUAUGAUUUCCAUUUUGGUUGCCAAACUUACAGAUAUUUGUUUUGUUUUGUUUUCCACAGUGGAGGUAACUGGUGAGACUGGCUUACUAUAUCUCCUUUUCAUUUUCUGACAGAUGACACAUGCUCAAUAAAGGAUUCUGCAGUUGG